GUGGAGGUUGCGGCCGAAGUGGCGCGAAUGCAGUUGUAUGUUGCGCUCCAAUACUAUGUGGAAGAACAUGUUUGAGAGUGAAGAAUGAGAGUUCCUCUCUCUAUGGAUUCUGGGUUCAGGAAGGAGGAAGAGAAAAAGUUAGGGCUUUAGAAGGUAACUCUCAAUUGAUGAGAAAUCUAUGUAAUUCAAUUCCAAUAUGAAAUGUUAACUCUCUUGUUCUUGAUUGAUUUACGCUGGUUAAGAGAAAACUGCUUACAAAUUGAAGAUGCAGAAGACAGAGUAAGACCAUUCGACAGCUAAGUUGCAGGGGAAGAGAGAAUAUAGACGGCGAUCACCUCAAACGACGGCAGAGCCAGGCUCACUUUGUAGAGAUUGAAGACGAGAGAGACAGUUGAUCGGAUGGCGGAGAUGUGGCGAAGAAGGCGGGAGCGUGCUCUUACUCACUCGAGGAUCGGAGAGUCGUUGAUCGGAGUGUGGAAGAGAUGGAUAGCAGGACGAGAGAGAGAAAUCGGACGGUGGAAGUGGCGAUUGCGGCUACGGCUACGGUGGUGCUGGGAGUAGGGAAUCGCGUGCUUUAUAAACUGGCUCUCGUUCC